AAUUUACACCGCCUUUGUAACGAGAUCACAAAGUACCCUAGGAUCUGGUGAGAAAAAUCAUCGUAAAAAGAGAACCAGAAAUUCAAUUGUGAAACUCGUGCGGUGUGCUCUGCUACUACUGUCCUCCGUACUCGUGGUGUUUUGUGUAUUGUUUUCGUAUGUAACGACAAGUAAUGAUUCGUGUCAUUACAACGCGGUUGUUCGAGCGAAAAUUCCGAAAUCGUCAACAAUGAGUACUUGACACCGCCAGUGUUAGGUUAUGUGCCAGUUAAUAAUUUAUUAUUAAUUUAUACGGGAUGGAUUUAAACGACGACACUUCGAUGGAAGACUUCGACGACGACUUUCAAAUGGCACAGAUUAAAAUGGAGCCCGUUGUCAUGGGCUUCCGAGAGGAUUUCAUGACUGAAAUGUCGACCAGUCCCAACGAUAAUUCAUACAAAAAGAGCGACGAUUCGUCCUACCAUGAAAUCGACGAGGACCAGAUAUUUAUGCAGCACAUGGAUAUAACGGAGACAAUGGCUAAUUUGAAAAUUUUACUGGAAAAGAAACUAGAAAUAUCAUUGGCCGAUUACGCUUGUUAUCUGCAAGGUACUAUCCUGAUAGAGGAUGAUAAAACUCUGGUGGAUCAGUGUGUUCAAGGCUCGGGCAUUGUCCAAGUGAAUCUCCAAAUUAAAAUAAGCCAAAAACAAAUUUAUAUAGUCGAUGUACUUAAGCCAGCGAACGAUUAUGUUAAUAAUCCAGAAAGAAAUGGUAACAGUCAAUCGGACGAAUCGAGCGCAGAACCAACACCAAUCCCAGAUGAUCAGAAUGUCAUCCGGUGGAUGGUGGAUGCUCAGUACAAAAAAGAACAAGAUAGACUAAAAAUUCCAUGUGAUCCUGAAAAAUGGAGCAUAGCUCAUGUGAAACAUUGGAUACAGUGGGCUGUUAGGCAUUUUAAACUAAUUUCAGUGAAAUUAGCCGAUUGGAAUAUUGCAGGAGAAGAACUUUGUAAAUUAGAUAUAAAACAGUUUCAAAGAAAAGUUCCUCAUGAUCCUGGUGAUGUAUUUUGGACUCAUUUUGAAUUAUUAAGAAAAUGCAAAUUUGUUGCAGUUGUACAAAAACCACAAAUAGAAAGUAGUAGCGAUUCUGCUUCUCCGUCACCUAAAAGCCCUGUAAAAAACAAAGUUGAAAAGAGUAGCAAACCAAAACCUGUGGCUGUGUCAAACAAUCAAGAAGCAUAUAAUUACCAAUCUUUUGAAACUAAAGAAACUUCGCCACAACCAAAUAUGACUGUCAAUAGAUCAGCAACCAGUGGACAAAUUCAGUUAUGGCAAUUUUUGCUCGAGCUAUUGACAGAUCAUGCGUAUCUAGGUAUAAUUCAUUGGAUUGGGGAAGAAGGUGAAUUUAAAUUGAAUGUCCCAGAAGAAGUAGCAAGACUUUGGGGCACAAGAAAAAAUAAACCAUCAAUGAAUUAUGAAAAAUUAAGCAGAGCGUUGAGGUACUACUAUGACGGUGACAUGAUUUCCAAGGUUCCAGGUAAACGGUUUGUUUACAAAUUUGUGUGUGAUUUAAAACAAUUAAUAGGUUAUUCUGCAUCAGAACUAAAAAAAUUAGUUCUUGAAACUCAAGAAGUUACCUGUGGUUCAAGGGAGUGAGUGCUAUUAAAA